UUGUCUUCAUAUGUGGUGAACAAUGCUGAUGAUUUAGACAAGACCAUGACACUGGGAAACAAAAAUCGUUCUGUUGGGGCUACAAACAUGAAUGAACGAUCAUCCCGCUCUCAUGCUAUUUUUACCAUUACUGUGGAGUGCAGUGAAAAGGGACCAGAUGGUCAAAACCAUGUACGCAUGGGAAAACUACAUCUUGUGGACUUGGCUGUAAGUUUGUUACAUGGAGUGUCAAGUAACUGGACAUAUCUGUACAGUAACCUGUUGUAUGUCUCUAGAAAGUUUUGGAAAGCAGCAGUCAUGCUCUUGCCCCUGAAACACAGGAAACACAUUGAAUCAGUUUAAUUUAACUCAGCUACAGGUUUUAAUUUAUAAAAUAGUGCCUGUUCACUGAGACUAAAAUUGAGGUCACA